CCCACUUCCGGUCGGUUGCGCCGGAAGUGGGCUUGCUGAAGCCCGCGGGGACUCACGGAGGGUCCUGGUGACACCGGGACGACUCCGGGGGGGACCAUGGACCGGAGGAAGAAGCCUCUGGACGUCACGGCGUCCUCGCUGGUGGACCUCAAGGCUGAACUCUUCCGAAAACAAGAGGAAUUCAAACAGGAGAAACUUCUGAAGGAUGCUGGCGUUUUGGGAAAACCAAAAACAGCUAACAAGAAACCAAGUAUCUGGAGCAAACAGAACGCAGGCGCCUCAAAUCGCGCCGAGAAGGACGCGGAACAAAAGAUCGAGGAACAGAAGACGUUAGACAAAGCCAGGGAAAAAUUGGAAGAAAAAGCCAAAUUAUAUGAAAAAAUGACUAACGGAGACUUUAUCGAGGAAGAGGCAGAGGACACGUACCUUGUGGACUUCACACAGAAGAUCAUAGACAAGCGCCGAGCAACGGAGGCCUUCGGUGCCAGCAGAGAGUGUCGGAAGGCAGGGGACAGGGACGAGGACGACGAGGAAGACCUGCCCGAAGACGACGUUCCUCCUCCCCAAGACCCCAGUGAGGAAUGGGUGGACUACGUGGACUCGCUAGGACGGUCUCGGCGCUGCAUGAGGAAGGAUUUGCCGGAUCUGCUGGAGAUGGAUAAAAAUCUUCAGGGCAGACUCUUCGUUAGUCCUGCCAACGAAAAAACCCUGUUGUCUGAAGACAUGAGGAAGGAGCUUCAGCACCAGCAAUGGGAGGAGGAAGAACGGGAGGCCCUGAAGAGGCCGGUGGGGCCCGUGCACUACGCAGACGUUCGGGAGAACGAGGCCCGGCAACUCGGAGUUGGCUAUUUUGCCUUCGCCCAAGACAAAGAGUUGAGAAACAAGCAAAUGAAAACUCUGGAGAUGUUGCGUGAACAGACGACAGAUCAGAGAACGAAACGAGAAAACAUAAAGGAGAAGCGAAAGGCCAUCUUGGAAGCAAGACUGGCCAAACUCCGGAAGAAGAAGAUGAAAAAGUCGCAAGAAGGUGGAGCAGAGGAAGAAAGAGGUGGGGACGUUACUGGGCCUUCGCCCCUGGAACCAGAGGCCGCGCCGGCUCCGCGGGCCGCCACCCAGGGCAGCAAAGUGGAAGUCAUCGUGCAGGAGAGGAGGGACAGCAAGCCCGGAGUGCCGCACGUCCGCGAGUGGGACCGAGGGAAAGAAUUUUCCUUCGGAUACUGGUCGAAGAGGCAGGCGGGUCUCCGCGCUGAGAGAGAUCCUGAGUUUGCGCCGCCGGCCGAUUACUUUGUGGCCCCGAGGAGAACGGGUCCUGCCGGCAGCCAGGCGUGGGGCAGGCCGGGCCCGGCGCAGGGUGACCCGGGGCCGGGUGCCAGCCAGGGCCCCGUGCCCAGCGCUGCAGAGCCGUCGUCCGCUCCGGCCCCCGACGGCCCGCCGCAAACCCUCCCGGUCUCCUUCGAAACUCUGGACGACAUGAUAGCCUAUUACAAACAAGUGACAUGAGCGUGCAGAGCACCCCGGCUUGGGUUUGUACCGCCGCCGACGCCUUCGUCCUCCCCCCCAGAGGGACCGAGUUGUGCCUGUGUCCCUCCGUCCUUUCUCUGCAGGGCGUGAACUUCCGGCUGGCUCUGUCCGCGGGGGAGCGCGUGCGUGGCGCUCUGGGGACUCCUCAGCCACUCGGCUGUCCUUGCUUUCCUGACUGGUGCAGAGACACGUGGUCACCGGGGUGUACGGGUUGGGGCUGCGAUAGGGUGGACGGAUCUGUCCCGUAAACCUCGCCACCGAGGCCCUCGGGCCCCUGUUUCUCAUCCGUUCCCGUGGCGGACUUGAACUUGAGCGUUCUGUUCCGUCCCUUUUGCCGAGAGUGGCACGGGGGUGUCCUCGUUGCGAGGAGGCAGCUCGGAGCGCAGGUCGGGAGCAGUUUGCGCCUGGGAGACGGAGGCAAAGGCGCAGGGGACGCCGGGAGGGCCACGGAGUGACCUCGUGUCCAGGACAGGCCACCCCCCCCGCCCCCGAAGCUGGUAACGUAAUAAAUUGUCACUUUUGAAACUAGAAGGAAGACCAGGAAGGAGCACUUUCUAACGCAGAAAAAGCAGCAAGGGAAGUCAGCUGCUGACUUGUGUCGUCACGCCGUCCUGCUACGUGUGUCGAGUGACAGUGGCAUUCGGUGCCGUGGGUCGAGUGACCAGGGUGGGUGUGGAGGCUGCGGGCCCUGGGCGAAGAU